AUGGCGCCGACUCGCCCCAACAAAAAGUCAAAAAAGAGAACCGAGAAGAAGCCCUCCAACCCGGCUCUCCUCCUCGUCGAUGCCAGUACCAAGCUGCAAGAAGGUGACCUGGAGAAAGCCGUCACGGCCGCAAAGAAGGCGCUCGAUGGCACCGGUUCAGGAGGCGACUACGAGCUGGCUGCCGUGAAUCUCUUGGGACAAAUCAGCAUCGAAAUGGGCGAAAUCGACGACGCGAGAGCGUAUUUCAUGAAGGCAGUUGAGCUCGACCAAGAUGGAUCCCUUGACGAGCGCAUAGGUGGCGGACCGGAAAAGUUUUUGUGGCUCGCACAGCUGAGCGAGGACGGUGGCCAGGACAGCGUCAAAUGGUUUGAGCGCGGUGCGUCUUCGCUCAGGGGCCAGAUCCAGACGCUCGCGGAGCUGCCGAAGAGGAAUGAGGAGCAGGAGGCGCAGCUCGAGGAGAGGAAGAGGAAGCUCGGCGGCACUCUGUGCGCCGUCGCCGAGGUGUUCAUGACAGAUUUGUCGUGGGAGGUCGAUGCGGAGCAGAGGUGCGAGGCGCUCAUUACGGAAGCGCUGCUUGUCGCGCCCGAGCUGGCGGAGACGUGGCAGACUGUGGCCAACGUUCGGAUAUCUCAGGAGAAGAUUGACGAGGCGAAGGCGGCGUUGACGAGGAGCUUGGAGUUGUGGAUACAUCUGCAUCCCUUGGACCCCAAUGUUCCCGACUUUCCGACACGCAUCAGCUUAGUUCGGUUGCUACUCGAGGUGGAGAUGGAGCAGGAGGCCAUUGAGGUGUUGGAGAGGCUUGUUGGGGACGACGACCAGAGCGUCGAAGCAUGGUAUCUGGGUGGUUGGGCGCUUUUCAUCUUUGGCGAGAAGCAGAAGGAGAAGAAGUUGGAGAGCAAGGAAGAAGAUGAGUGGAAGACGACCUGGAGCACGUCGCGGCGUUGGUUGAUGCGUUGCCUGAACCUAUAUGCUGCCCAGGAAUACGAGGAUGAGCGUCUGGGUGAGCAUGCUAAGGAGCUGUUUGCGGCCAUCAACAAGGAGCUCGGCGACCCACCGGCGAAUGAAGAGGACGACGACGGAUGGGAGGAUGCUGAGAGUGAUGGUGAUGAUGCGAUGGAAGAAUAG